AUGCUCACCAAGUUCCUUCUUACCGUCUACCUCGCUGGCACCCUCACUACUGCUGCUCUCGUGAAGAAGGUCGAGAAGACAGCCGAGUUCGAUGACAUUCCGGCCACGCAAGCCGCGGUGCAACCUCUCGGAGCCUACGAAGGACUGAAGUACACGGGCUUCGUCGUCGUCAACCAGAAGCUUCCAAUCAUUGGCGGUCAGGUAGCUGGCAUCAACCCAAACAGCGCACCAAACGCCGCAGCCUUCGAUCCACGCUCGACGGUUCUCAACGGGCCUCCUUCUAUUACCCCCGAUGGGAAUACGGUGGCCUUCACCGCGAAAUCGUUCUACUUCGGCUGCGUCUUGCCCGAGGCAAACGCCAUCACCUCCACACCGACUUCCUGCACUGUGACCGUCACAGGCCGCAGCUACUUCAAAGUUGGCCCCAAGGCCGAAGAGAUCCAGCAGUCCUUCGAAUUCACACCCAAGCUCGGAGCUCUCAAACAAGAGAUGGUUGUUGCGAAGUUGACCAGCUUCGCUCUCGUUGAUCAGAUCACGUUCGACGUGCAGCCGUCGGGGAUUGCGCUGUUGACUGACAACUACAACUACUACCUGCACGGGAAGAAUUUGUAG